GUGUAUUAAUGAUUUCGUUAACAACCACCUAAAAUCGCACUGACGUAAAUUGCUAUUUUUAUACAAAAUAAUAUGAAUAUAUAUGUUUAGAAAAAGAUAUGUACAACAUUGAAAGAGCAGGAGUAUUACAGUCAGCACUAGGUAGUUUGUUUAGAAAUCCCUUUUUCCUUCAGUUUGUUUAUUUACCAAGAGGCUUGUUUUCGAUCGUGUGACAAUGAAAGUAAUGACACCGUCAUAUAAAUAAUGAACGGUAUAUGUGAAUUUUUCCUUUAAAAGAACAAUCCAACAUUAUUCCAUUAACAAGGAUAGAAUUCAAUUCCUAUUUGCAAAUCGUUGUCUUUGACGAGAAAUAAAGCAAGAAUUUUUGCAUCUGCUCAGCUUAAAGAGUCGUAGCUGCGAUUGGAACGGCAAUCUAAAGGAACAAUUAUACAUUGACACCAUGGUCGAAAGCGAAAGCAAACUACAUUUGCAUCCCUCUAAGGGUAAAGAGAAGGAUAGGCAAUUUGCUCAGUUAAUAGAUUAUGCUGUAUAUCCGAAGAUAGCGAAUAUGUCCUUCCAAAAAUUGAACAAGGAAAAUCCAAGUUAUUUAAAAAUGUUUCAGUGUAACGACACUUCUUGUCCUACGAAAAAAGACACCUCACCUGAAAACGUAAACCCCAUACCAAAAGGCUUUAGCUUUUCUGGAAUGGUUACAUCAAUGCUCACUACCAUAAGCUGUUGUCUUCCGGGUUCAUAUGAUGAUGAGGAAUGGGAUGAAUUCGUGGACGAAUCUGCUAUCUUCAAAGACCAGGAACCAGUUUCAACAGAUGUCAGACUUCCAUCUCUUCCUGUUCACGAAAUUCCCUACUUUCAACUUAAUGUUCCAUAUGAUGGCUACUUAAGUCCCCUCAGUCACCAAGGCUGGAUUUAUCAACUUUCCCAAAAUGCCGGUGUCCAAGUUAGUUGGAAGAAAACAUAUUGCACAGUCAUGAAUCCUUUUUCGAAUGGAUUGGUAUACACCAUUCCUCAUAACGAAGGCAGGAUAUUAUUAGAAUCCUGCUAUUGCGAAAAGAACCUGGGCAUGUCUACUUCACCAAAGAUUAUGGAGCUUAUGCCAUAUAAGCCGCUUGUGAAAUUCAAUUGCGCCAAAUUGUUCAAUGCCUUUGAGAGUCAUUAUCGAGAACUCUCGGAAUUUUUACUGAGCGGACGUGCACCACUUAACGUUUUGGUUCAUCAUGUUAUGUUGUAUCAUUACUAUCCCACUUCUAUGAAGGAUGUUUUAUGGAAAGCUGUUGAAGUGUACAUGGACACUCAUUGCACGGAAGAGCGUUAUUCUAGAAUCCAAGUAGAAGCAGCUAAACGCAAACUAGGCGACAUCCGUCUGUAUUUUGUUUGUCCUUCUGACAUUUACAAAUUUACAAAUUCGAAAGACUGGAUUACCAUCGCCACACGGGGUUUCAUUUCUUAUAUACAAGCAAAAAAGCCUUUAUGUUUAGGAAGCAUUCCAGUCAACAACAAAAAUAUUGCUGAGCUUUUUCCUUAUGCAAGUAGUUCAAAUUGCAUGGCCUGGCUGACUUUGCUCGUCUGCGCUGGAUCUAAUGGGUCUCGUUUCCCACUGCACACGUAUAUCAACGUGAAAACACGAAUCUUAGAGUGCAAAACCUCUGUAACGGAUUUUUUGUAUUCCGAUGAGGACUUGCUGUUCUUCGAAGACAAAGAGACCAUCGACGAAUUCAAGCCUAUACAACGACAGUUAUUAAAAGAACUCACGGAUUGUGAUAUCUAUUCUCAGGCUGUUCAUAAUUUCACUGUGACACAUUUCACUGAUUCUUCCAACCGUCAAAGCAAGGGGAUCCAAUUUUACGACCAAGGAAAGAAGGUUGUCCAUGAAACAAAAGAAACUCCAAACAAACUUGAACCUGAACAAAUCACAAAACAAAUGCAGUCCCGACUUAUUAAAUCCCAAACGCGUCGUCUUACGUCGUACAGCAGCAGUAUUGCCCAAAAGGGUCAUUUCACACCACUGCUUAUUACAAGAGUCGCUGUUCAUUGACCAAAGAAUUACUCAUCAUUUACCGAUAAUGUUUGACUCUUCAUUAUAUUAAAAAGCAUAACCUCUUUCCUUACUGUUACAUUUCAAUAAUGGUCAUUUGCAUACUCGCCCAUAUAGAAAACCAUUUGAGAACACACGUCUGGUUACAUAGCCAAGCAUAACACUUGCACUUGUUCAAUUAAUUCCUAUUUUUGACUUUAAUGCUGGUCUUGCCAACACAGUUCGUAUUCCAAUAGCAUAGCAUUAACAAUUUAUUUUUAUUAUAAACA